AUGGACAACCAAUCCACAGACUAUUAUUUUCUGCUCAUGGAAUUCUCAGAGGUACGAGAACAGCAGAUACUUUAUUUCUUGGUUUUCCUGGUGAUGUAUUUUGUAGUUGUGACAGGAAACCUCCUCAUCACCUUUGCAAUAAUUUUCAACCAUCACCUGCAUACACCAAUGUACUUCUUCCUGUUGAACUUGGCCAUACAAGACCUUGUGGCUAUUUCAGUUAUUCUCCCUAAAUCAAUGGCUAAUAUUCUCAUGAAUACAAGAUACAUUUCUUAUCGUGGAUGUAUUUGUCAAGUUUUCUUUUUGGUCUUCUUUCUGGGAUCAGAUUUGUGGGUCCUCACUGUCAUGGCAUAUGAUCGUUAUGUUGCUAUUUGUAAUCCAUUGCAAUAUGAAAAAAUAAUGAACAAACAAGCUUGCAUUUACAUGAUUCUUGCAGUUUGGAUCAGCAACCUUCUUAAUGGAUUGUUGCAUACCUCUGCUAUCUUUGAAACCCCUUUUUGUUCCAACAUCAUCAAUCAGUUCUUCUGUGAAAUUCCAAAGCUACUUAAACUCAGUUGUACAGGGUUAAACAAAAAUGAAAUCAAAGUAAUUGUGGUCUUUUCUGUUUUAGCCUUUGUUUGUUUUUUCUUUAUUCUUUAUACUUAUGUAUCCAUUUUCACUGCUGUGCUGAAAAUUCACUCAUUGGAAGGAAGGAAAAAAGCCGUUUCUACUUGCCUACCUCAUGUUAUUGUGGUUUCCAUAUUCUUAUUAUCUGGAUUCUUUGCUCAUUUGAAACCUUCCUCCACUUCAUUGGACUUAAUCUCAGCUUUGUUAUAUUGUGUUAUCCCACCUUGUUUGAAUCCUGUCAUCUAUAGUAUGAGAAAUAGAGACAUCAAAAUUGCCUUGUCUAAAGUGUUAAAUAUAAGGAAAAUGUACAAGAAAAUAUCAAACAUCAAGUGUAUUUCUGGAUAA